AUGAAAAAGACUCAAAUAGAAGUUGAGCUUGGAAGAUUCUUAGAACAUAUUACAACAGAUGGACCUAUAACUAAUCCUGGGUUGAAAAAUGUGACAAGUAGUGCACGAAAUAAGUCAGAAACUCGUUACAUUGCACCGGUUACAAUUCAGUUGAAAGAUAUUUUUGGUCCUUAUGAAUUGGGAGAAAUCAUUUUAUGUGAUGCACCAGGCUUUGGUGACACAGCAGGUCCGGAGGUUGAUAUAGCUAAUAGUGUAGGAGUUAUCGAAGCUAUUAAAGGAUGUAAGAGUGUCAAAAUACUUGCUCUAUCAAGUUAUAAAAGCUUAGGUGAUAGAGGACAAGGUAUUCAGAAACUAGCACAUUUACUAAUUAACAUGAUACAUGGAAUUCAGGAGAGACUUAGUGCUAUUUUUUAUGUAUUCACAAAAUAUCCUCCAAACAUGGAUAUUUCUGCUUUGUUAAUUGAUAUUAAAAUUUCGAAAGUAGACACAGAUCCUUUAUUGCGAUCGGAUGAUGCCUUUUUAACAGUAUUGACAGAUAUGAUCAAUAAAACUAAGAAAGGUGCUGAGAAUAUUGAUCCUGUUCGAGGAGAUCCGAAAACCAUUAUUGAAAAAUUGAAGAAUAUACGUGGUAUUAUGUAUCCUGAAGAAGUUUUUCGAUUUUCAAUGAGUGAAGAAACACAAGCAUGUAUUGCAAAUCAGGCACAAAGAGAUAACUCAAAUAUCAAAUGUGCGCUGAAACAUAAAGACAUUGAUCUUGUAAUGCAUUACCUAAAUAAGUUGAAAACUUUAAAAGAUUUGUUAGAACACAGUACGGCUGGAGAUGCUUAUGAAGAUGCUGUACGUUUUAUAAAUGAGAACACUAUGGAAUAUUGUACAGGAGUAACGGAAAAAUUCAAUCGUUUGUUAGCUAGUCAAGAUGGAUUAGGACAGGAAGACGUUGAUGAAUACAAAAGUUCUUUUGAAUAUAUUCGGCAAAUCCAAAAAUUGACAGAACAUAUAGGAUCAAAUCUAAUGUCACCUGAAUCAUUGAUGCAAAAUAUUUAUUCCGAACUAGAGAAAAGGAGUCAAACUUUGACAGAAGAAGAUUUAGAUAGUUCAUUAGUAGGAAUUUAUUUCAGUAAUCUUUACAUUUUGAAAAAUACAUUUAAACAACUUGAAUCGUUUUACACUAAAAGUUGUAUAAGUUUUGGAGAGCGUUUCGAAAAACUAGUACAACCUGUAUAUGAACCUAUUUCUGUCAAUGAAUUCAACAAGAUAGCUGAUAUUAUUCUUAAAAUAUCGAAAUGUUUGCCGCUUCUAAACAAUCAUUUGCAUGGGCUAGUCGAAGAAAAAUAUAAAGAAAUCGUCCAAUGGUUCUUGCAACAUAUGGAUAAGUUCUCAGAAAGAGCUGAGCCUAUUUUAGCAAAGAUUAGAUUAAAUGAAAAUGAAGUCGAAAUCGUCAAAAAUUGUGUGAAAACACUAAGAUUAGCAAAAGAAAAUUCUGCACUUGAGGAUCGUAUUGCAACAUAUAUUGAAAUGUUGAAAAAGAAAAAUGAUAAAUUAGCAGAAAAUGUGAAAAGUUUAAGUGACAUUUAUAAUUCAUUGAUUGAUAAAAUAUUAAACUAUUUUCAUGGAAUAAAUAAUAUGAUUCCAGAGCAUUUUCAAAAUAAUGGAGAUCGUGCUCUAGAAGAUGUAGAAACAUUAGUCAAUGCUAUGGAUACAAUUAGAACUAUUCCAGAAAUUGAAUCAAAAACUGCUGGAGCAUAUUAUCGUACUGUUGAAAGCAUACGUGGACAUAUGCAUCAACUUCAACGAGAUGUAGAACAAUUACUUCUUUCUAUUGAUCCUAAAUCAGGAACUUCUAAUUAUGGAAAAAUUGCACGAUUAUUAUCACGUUUGAAAAAUGCAAAAUGGAUGAAUCGUAUUAGUCCAGGAGCAUAUGAUGUUUCAAUAAAUCGUGUAACAGAAGAAUUAAUUCAAUAUUUCCAUGAAUUAGAAGAUAGUUUGAUAAAAUUAGAUUUAAGUUUCAAAUAUCCUGAAAAUGUUUGUAAAGCACAAGAAAUUUUUGAUAAAAUUGAAUCUUUAAGUGUUUUAGAACGUAGUGUUCCAGAAUUAAAAAAAUCUAAAGAUGAGAUGAUUCAACGUUUUCUAGACUAUGUACAAGGAAAUUUUAAGCGUAUACAAGAUAAGUUUAAUUUACAAGAUAUAAAUGUUUAUCAAAUGAAACAAGACCUAAAAGACCUUGAACAAAUAAAACGAGAAUAUGAUAAUCUACAUCCAGCUUGUGUCUUUUUAAGAAAACAUGAUUUUUCAGAUAUAAAGAAAUUAAAUGAUGAAAUUCAUGAUCUAGAAGAAAAACAUAAAAUAGAACAUGAACAAGAAACACAAAGAAAAUUUAAAAUAGAAUCAGAAUUAAAUGGUUUAAAAUCGAUUAUUCAACAAUUUGAUAAUGAGCGUCGCGCAAAGAUAGAUUCUAAUUCAAAUGAAUAUACCAAUAUUGAUAUACUACGUGAAACUCUUGUAAAAACAGAGGAACGUCUUGCUGAUCAAUUGGAAAGUAUUCAAGAACUACAGACAAAAUAUAAUAAUACUUUACAUCCGUUACAAUCAAUUAAAAAAGAAUAUGAAUCUUUGCUUAAUACACAAGAUUGUUCUCCUGAACAAAUAAGUUUUCUUCAAGAGAAAAGACAUAAUAGUAUUGAUUCAUUAAAUAAAAUCAUAGAAGAUAAGAAAAAUAUUAUUUCGGAACGUCAGAAAAAUAAACAAUUAUAUGAUUUUAAUAAUAGAUUUGACGCAUCUACAGCCGAUAUCGCAUUAUUAUAUACAAAUAAUUGUAGAAAAAUAGCUAAUGUUCGUUUAAAAGAAAUUGCAACUGAUACUUAUGAUAUAUUGGAAAAAUAUAUUAAGGAAUAUGGAUUUUUUCUUGAUCAGGAAAUCGACAGAUUAUUUAAAUAUUUGACUAAUAUUAGUUCUCAAGACGAACUAUCUCAAUAUUCGCAAAAUUUAGAAACACGUCUAGAACAAUUAUCUACUCUAACUGAAUUCAAACGUGUUUUUGAAUGUAUUGAAGGUGCUAAAAAAGUAGAAUAUUGGCGUCGAAAAUUUAAUGAACAGUAUCGUAUUAUGAGUGGUGUCAUGGAAGAAUAUCAUGUUUCUGGAAGAACUAAAGAGUUAAGAGAACAGUUAGCCAUUGCACAGAGACUGAUCGGAUCAGAUCACUUCUGUGGAGUCGCACUUUCAUCUAAUGGGUUUGGAGAUUUAUAUAGACAGUAUCAGGUUGAAGCAACCAAGGAAACUAAACAAGCUUCGAAAAUUGUGUCGGAUUACAUAGUUGCAGGAGAUUAUGCAAAUGCAAAUAAUGCACUUGCAGAUAUUGAUGAGAGAACGUCUAAUCCGAGAGAUAUUAAUCAGAUUAAGCAUGAUUUGAACACUUCUUUAGAUCGUUUAAUGCAAAGUACUCGUAGGAUUGUCAAUGCUCUAGAUUCGAAAUUUGAUUUAACGAAAAAUAAUGAAAGUCAGACAAGUGACAUCAAUGAAAAUAUCGAAAAAAUUCGUACUGUUUUGAAGCAGCCACGAAUAAUGGGAUUGAUUCAAGAAAACACCAAAUCUGAUUUGAUCAAUUUUGAAGAAUUUAUCAAAACACUUUUGUCUUCAACGCUUUUGAAGGAACUCUAUUCUAUUGAAGAUCUUAUGAAUUCUAAUGAUGCUUUCGAGGCUGAACAAAGGAUGGAAAAUUUUAAUCGCGUACAACAUGAGUUAGUAAAUGACUUUACGAUGAAAGAUGUUACUGAAAAAGUGAAUGAAGUAAGAAAAAGAUUGAAUAAUUUAGCUAAUGAUAUUUUAGAACAAAAUGACUUUAGAAAUAUUGAAAACUACGCCAAGAAAUCACCAAGAGAUCUUUUAGCUAAAUUAGAAAAAGCUGCUUCCUAUCGUAGUGCAAAAUAUAGUCCAGUUAUUUCGUCUAUAUCAGAAGAUAUUCGAGUAUAUUUUGAAGGAGCUAUAAAGAAUGCAUGUGAAGCUUCAAUAGAUAAGCGUUCUGCUCAAAUGCUUCCAUUACAAGCUGCAUUAAGAUUUUUACCAGACAAUUCUCAAAAGUUAUUGAAAUCACAAAUUGAUGAACUUAUUAAUAAAUUCAUUGAAGAUGAAAGAGCAUAUAAACGUGAGUUAAAAGGAUAUCUUGAAAAGGAAACUACAGAUGAUUCAACCAUUCAAAGGAUAGGUGAACUUGCAUUGCAAUAUACAGAAGAAAGACGACAUGAAUCUUUUGAAAUUUUACGUGAUGGACUUAUUAGAAAGUUAGAUAAUCAUUGGAAAAAUAUACAAGACGCAUUAGAUAAGGAAGAUACGCAAUCUGCUACUAAUAAUAUGAGACAAAUUAUCAAAUAUAAAGAAUAUGUACAGAAUAUUCCAGAAGUAAAUGAAUUUUAUAAAAAUGUUUGUAGUUUAAUAAGUACAGGCGUUAACAAAAAUGUGGAACCUCUCAAUAACAUAUUCAAAAUUGAGCAAGUACAAAUAGUUGACCAAGCUUUUAGUAAUAUGAUAGUAUACAUCAAGUUUAGUAAAGAGUUUCCUAAAAGAACUCACGAAUUACUACCCGAAUCUGAGUCGCAAAAUGUAGAAAUCAGACUUAAGAAUCUGUACGAUAAUUGGCAUAAUAUUUCUAAUAUAUGUCAAACUGCUAUAACCGAGCUGAAUAUUAAGUCACUACAUGAAGUAAUGUGUAUAAUGGAACGUUGGGAUGGAUUUUUACACAAAAUUAGAACUUGCCCUUUUCGAGAUAGUUUAAUACAACCAUUUUUAGACAACAUGAGAAAUAUAAAAUCUUAUUCGGAAAUGAUUUCUGAAUUAGAGAAAAAGAUAAUUGAUUUGAAACAAAAUUUAGAUGUUGAACUCAUUAGUGAUCAAAGAACACGAUUUGAAGCAAUGCGUGAUCAAUUUUUCGGUAAUCUUGCGAUGUCUCUUAAGGUAUUGAAAUUGAUUAGUUCAGAAUUUAAAAAUACUUUAUCAUUAUCAAUACCAAAUAUUGAAAAAAUAGAGAAUGAGCUCAAAGAGAAAGUCGAAGAUAUUAAGAAAAAACUUCUUGCGUAUGCAUCACAAGAUAAACAUUCGCAGUUAGACGCAGAUUAUUUUCGUAUGUAUUACAAUUAUCUUGUAUCAUUUGAUAAAUAUAUACGUCUUUCCGAAGCAGAAAUUCGACAUUGUUUAGAAUUAGCAGAAGCAAAAGUUUUCGAAAAAGUAACAUCUUUAUCUAAAGAUAUUACAGGUUCAAUUUCUGAUGUUACAAAAAUCGCUGAAUUGCUUGAAAAGAUAAAAUUUUUUGCUGAAAAUUUUUCGAUGUUUGACACUAAAAUCAAUGGAAUAAUAGAUGAAGUUUUAAAAUCAUACAGGACACAACAGGGUCCUUUGGUUCUUUCACAAUUGACUAUGAUAUUAGAAAAAACCGAUGUAGGUUCUCGAUUAAUUGCUGAGCAUUCGUGUUUAAGCGGAGAAGAUUGGAGAAAACGACGCGAAAAAAUGCAAAAACAAGAUGAUCUGGAGUAUGUUCUAAGAGAAUUAGAAGGAGAUGAUCUUGCUACAGAUGUUCUGAGUUCGCGUUAUAAAGCUUUCAGACGAAUGUAUGAUGAAUUGAUAUCGAAAAUUUUAGGAUCGUUUAAUCCAAAGACUGAAACAGAACCAAAUAUAGAAGUAUUAAUUACACAAACAAAAAUUCUUCUUGGAACAGUAGCUCAAAAAGCAAAUGAAGUUACUUGGGAUCAUUCCUUUCGAGAUAAGAUUCCUGAACUGUUAGCACAUAUUUUUGCUGUAUGGACUUUGAAAAAUACUCAACAUUAUAAUGCUAUGCGUGGUAUUGAUGCAGCAAAUCUUUAUCUAUUAAUGCCACAUAUUGCACAAGUUAUUUCUAUUUUUCGUAUUCUUGGCAUUGGAUACAGAAAGAACCCGACAGUUUUCGGACAUCGUGUACCUUUCAUUAAAAGAAUAUCUGAUGAUUUGAUAAAUAAUUUAGUACAAAUAGGGACAGGUGAAGGAAAAUCAGUAGUUAUGGCAGUUACUGCCUGUGUUUUUGCUCUUAUUGGAAUCGAUGUUGAUUGUUCAUGCUAUAGUGAAUAUUUAAGUAUGCGGGAUAAAAAUGAUUUUGCUCCAGUAUUUCGAGCGCUUGGAAUCGAAGAACGUAUUCAGUAUGGCACUUUCAAUAAAUUGUGUGAAAACUUCUUGAAUGAGCAAUGUAAUAUACGAGAAAAAAUGCAUGAUAUGAUCAUGAAUAAUAAGAAUCUAAUAGAUGUAAUUCAAAGGACUACACGUAUCCGUCCGAAAGUGUUGUUGAUUGAUGAAGUAGAUGUUUUUCUAAGUGAAAAAUAUUAUGGUGGAAUGUAUAUACCUUCGGUAUAUUUAAAGGAUCCAUUGAUAAAAAAUUUGUUAGACACAUUAUGGAAAGAUAGAAAUUUACAUACAUUGAGUGCUAUCAAAGCCUUGCCAGCAUACAAAGCUUGUGCUACUCGAUUUAGUAACUGGAUUUUUCUUUUCGAUGAAGCCAUCAAAGAUAUGUUGACUGCUUUAAAAUCAUUUCAAUCAUCAACAUAUAUUGUACAAAAUGAUAAAAUUGUCUAUGUCGAAGGUGAAUCCGUUGUAGAAAAUGUAGUUCAUGGUUAUGAUACCAUUUGGGCAUACUAUUAUGAGAAUCAAAAAGGUUUUAUUAGUCAAAAUAGUUUGGAAAAAAAUGUAGGCAUUAUCAUUAAUUGUGGAACAUUUUCUUACGCUGAAAUGCCUCAUGAAUUUGCUUAUAUCACAGGAGUCACUGGUACUCUGAAAACACUUGCUGAGUCAGAAAAAAAUAUUUUGAAAACGGUUUAUUACAUAGAUAAGAACACUUAUAUGCCAUCAGUUUUUGGAAAAAGUAACCGUAAUUACAAUUCUGCUAAUGAUGUACAAGUAGUGAAUGUAUCAGAAUAUUUUAUGAGAAUUCGUGGAGAAAUUGAUACGAUGCGCAAUGCACAACGUGCUAUUCUUGUAUUUUUCGAAUCAGAAGAAAAGUUACUAGCAUUUUACAAUUCUCCAGAAUUGUCAUCCUUAAAACAGAAUGUGCAAAUCAUUACUGAGAAAGUUUCAACCAAAGAAAGAGAACUAUGUAUUAAACGUGCAGCAACUGAGGGUAGAGUUACACUAUUGACUAGAACAUUUGGACGUGGAACUGAUUUCAUAUGUCGAAAUCAACAAGUGUUAGCUAAUGGCGGUAUUCAUGUACUGCAAACAUUUUUUUCCGAAGAACUAUCAGAAGAAUAUCAAAUAAUGGGAAGAGGAGCUCGGCAAGGAGAUCGUGGUUCAUAUAGAAUAUUAUUAUUAGAUAGCGAUUUAGAAUGGGUUCUUGGCGCUGAUUGGGAGGACCGAAUUCCCACUAUAACAGGCUCUACUCUUUAUGCGGCUUUAGAUAAAGACCGUAAUAUGCUUUAUGAAAGUAAAUGUGCUGCGAAACAAGUUGGUAUAGAACAAUGUAAACGUGAGCAUCAAGCUUCUAGAAAUUUUAUGAAAGCAUUGUCUGAAGGAGACAUAAAUACUGUCAAAAUGUUUUUGAUUGAACAAAAUCGUGGAGUGAACACAGUUUCAGAAAUUUCGCGUACAGUUCUACUUAUGGAUGCAACAGGCUCUAUGUCAAAUUUAUUAUCUGCUACCAAAGACACUGUUUGUACAAUGUUUGAGCGUGCUUCAGUUGUUUUAGAGGAAAAAGGAUUAUCAAAAGAUUCAUUCUCAAUGCAAUUUGCUAUAUAUCGGAACUACAAUUCUAGAGAGAAUAAGAUUUUGGAAGUUUCAUCUUGGGAGACAAAAGGUAGUAAUUUACGGGCAUUUAUGAACAGAAUUGGUCCUGAAGGUGGAUGGGGAGCGGAAGCAAUUGAAGUAGGAUUAUGGCAUGCAGUUAAAGAAAGCGAAACACAAGACGGGAUUUCUCAAGUUAUUUUGAUAGGAGAUGCUCCACCGAAUACUAAAACUGAUGUAACUAAGAAACGAGCUGAAUUCGGUGAACAUUAUUGGAAGAAGACCAGAUUUGCUAUAUCAACAUAUUAUGAAGAUGAGUUAGAAACGUUAAAAAGUGAAAAUAUUCCUGUCCAUGCAUUUUAUCUUACUAAUUAUGCAAAAGAUAAUUUUCAAAAAAUUGCAAAAGAGACAGAAGGACGAUGUGAGCCUCUGAAUAUUCAUUCAGUCGAGGGUGCCGAAUUACUGACCAACUAUGUUACAGAAGAAGUCCUUAGAAAAGCAGCUGGAGAUCAAGGAGAUGUUGUAGUAGCACUAUAUAGAGAGAAAUACGUGAAGAAAACGUUUACAUCUUAA